AUGGUUUUAUUCAAGAUAUUAGCAGGAGGCUUUGCGUCCUUCAUUGCUACGUAUGUUUUCGACUCUGAUGCUGGGACCCUUACCCUCACGAAACAAUCUGAAACUGGCACGAAUCCGUCUUGGAUUGCAUCCAACUCAAAAGACCUGAGCAUCCUCUACGCUGUAAAUGAACUCAAUCCAGGCGGGUUCCUGCAGAGUUUUAAAGUUGAUGCGGAUGGUGGACUCCAGAACAUCGAUAAUGUCACCACGGGCGGCAAUGGCCCGACAUUUGCUGUACAGCUUUCGAGUGGCGAGGUUACUGCCAUGAACUUCGGAUCGCCGAACUGCUCGUUUGUUGCGACUGACCCGCAAAAUCCGCUCAAAUUCUUGCGCGACUCGCCUGCAAUCUCAUUCCCUGUCCCCGCCGGCGGACCGUCCAACCCCCACAUGUCGCUGGAGGUCGGCAACGAGAUUCUGGUGCCCGAUCUCGGUGCAGACAAAAUUUGGCGAAUUGGGCGGAACGGAAAGCCAGGCAACUUCAAGGUGCAAGGCCAGAUCAACAUCGACAAAGGCGCCGGGCCCCGGCACAUUGCGGUCCAGGACAACAUCCUCUUCACUAUACACGAGAAGACCUCUGCGCUGACCGCCCAAGUCAUCCCUGCCGGCCCUAACGGAACGACCAACCCAUUAAUCGCCAACGUCAGCAUUGUCCCCGCCGACGCGCUCCCUGGCUCGCAGUUUGCUGCCGCGGAGAUCAUCCUCUCACCCGUCUCGAAGAAGUUCCCCAACCAGCUUAUCUACGUGAGCAACCGCAACAUCAGCCCCAACGUUACGGACCCCAAGGGCGACACCAUUGCCAUCUUUGAGUUUGUCAAGGGUACACCAGGAAAUAACCGCCGCAUGGUCCGUCGUGCAGGCCGUUUCCGCCCAGGCGGGAGAGUUGGGUGGCCUGGCUUCCCCAGACCCAUUAUCAUCAACGGCGGCAAUGCCAAUGGAAAUAAGGGCGGCAACAACGGAGCCAACAACACAAACAACGGAGCCAACAACAACAAUGCCGACCAACCCAAGGCUGAAGACGCGGAGGAAAACGUCGCAGGAAAACUUGUUCUCGUUGCCCAGAUCCCGACGGGCCUGCAGCAAAUCCGCAGUAUGGCGCUUGGGCGUGUUGAUGACGGGGGAGAUGAGUUCCUCAUUGCUGGGGCCAACACAGUCGGCGGUGUUGCUGUUUUCCAGCGAGUCGAUGGCGGUCGCAACCUUAAGCUCGUCACGCGGAACGAUGAUCUGCAGAAUCGCACAAGCUUUGUUUUCGUCGAGUAA